CCAUGACACAUUUGGGAGGACAUAAUAUUCUGGCGUCUUCAUCAUCUUGAUUAGCAUUCCUUUGCUGCAAUAGACUGCUUUGACAAAUCAAGAGGUUUCAGAGGGGAGUUUUUUUUUCAGUUAGAGAUUGCAGGGUUUCCGCCCAUGAGAGCAACAGGGAGUUGUGUUAUGCUGUCGGUCACCUGAUGCUGAGAAACACAACUUUCAGACAUAUUAUUUUAUGACAGAGUGGAGGAAACAAGUGAGACUCUCACUGGAGGAAAAGGGAAGUGAGACAGUAGGCUGGUUUAUAAAGAGAAACCUCAGCCAAGGUUAUAGCCACCAGUUCAGAGAGUCAGUGUGAAAAGACAGAGACCUGCACUAAAACAGAGAGGAUGGCUGUAAAUCGGGAGGGUCUCUUCAUCUGUGUCCUGCUGUCAAUCACGGCAGCGGCCUCCUCACUGAAGACCCUGGACACCAGGAAGCAGCUGAAUGACACAGGAUUCGGCCGCCCUCCGCCCAGGCACGGCUACGUGCUCCUGGUCUGGUAUGUGCAGAACUGCGUUGACAACAACAUGGUGGCCCUCUGCGACCCCACUACUGGUGCUUAUGGGUUCCACUAUUUCGGCAACAAAGCAAAGGGUGGCUCUCUGCUUCCCGAACUGGACGAGCACGACGGAUACACCUACUACAGCCUGGGAAAUCUCAACACCCACCGCUACAAGCAGGCACAGGACCUGCCUUAUGAGGUCAGGAGAUACUAUGAUAAACAUGACCAGGUCAGCAACAUGGACAGGCUGUUGGUGAAGUAUUUCGUCAACAAGAAGCGCAUUGAGGAGAUCUAUGUCUCAGCUCACUAUGAGAGCUCGAAGACUUACCUGAUCGGAUCGUCUCUCGUCUCAGAACUCAGGAGUAAACCGUUGGACAUCAUACCAAUCUACCACAAAACAAUAGUGCACUCCAAAAAUCACAACAAUUAAACGAUGUGAUAGAUGACAUGUUUUUCUUAAGAACGUUGUUCAUAACAAUAUCAUAUUGGUUGUACAGUUAAAGUAUAUAACAGUCACAAAAGUCUGAGGGACUGUGUGUCUGAAAACACAUUUAUGCUUCACUUCAAAUUUUGAUAUGAAUGACUUAACAUCUUUAAAUGGAUGGAAUGCUUUGCUUUUAUGGGCUUGUUGAGACCCUGGCUUGGAACUGUGCUACCUAUUCUCCAUUGUUAUCUGUCAUGCUCAUUUCAAAUGGUACGCUGAUGUAUUAUAGUUUAACCGAGCCAUGACUUCCCAUUUCACUUCUGAAUAUGUGCGGAGGCGAACAGAAUUUAUGGCUUCUCGCUCAGGAGUCUAAAGCCGUCAGCCAGAGCUCUGAAGGAACAGUCUUUAAUUGACAGGUUGACUUGAUGACUGAGCUACUUGUUUAUUCAUUGAGAGAAUGCUGUCACUGGAGGUUUGCCUGGAAACGGUGAUGCAUUUCUCUUGAUCCUUGAUCCUAUCCACCUGUCAUGACUAAGUGACUAGAGGUGUUGGUGGUAGUGACUGUGGGUGGUGGUAUGCAUUAAAAAUGAGCGCUACAGCCAGUGGAUUGUUUCCUACUCUGCUGUUGUUUCCCACUAAAACUUCUGUGUGAUAUGAUGAAACCAGUUCAUUGAGCAAAUCUGUCUGUCAUGUUUUUCUUUCCACCAACUGUUCGCUGUCUUUCCAGACAUGUGUUUCCUUGAGUGUGGUCUCCCCACGUCCCUAGUGAUGCAGCAGCUGCGGGUUUCAGCGCAACAGGACAUGCGCGGUACGGAUGCAGCGGCAAAGAGGACAGUGGUUAGGGAGAAGGCCUUGUUGUUCUUUUGUUCUUAGCUCAAAAGAACAACGUGCUGAUAUCACCAGGAUGACUGGUUUUAAUGAUCAUCGGAUAGAAGGCGCUUUGGACUAAAGUGUGUUUGUGCUUAAAGCAAUAAAUGUGAAAAAGACGGAUGCCUUUUCUAUCUUUACUUGAGCAGUGAGAGGAGAGACAGGCAGUGCUAAAGAGACAGACAGGCAGCACUAAAGAGA